GGGCGGCUGCGGCACGGCGCGCCCCCGUAGGCUACUUGGCUGUCCUGGGUGAGCCGUGGGCGCGCCAGGCGGUGCGAUUGGCCGUUGGGCUGCGGGGGGGCCGGGUCCCGGCGGCAGCGGCCUCCCGGGGCUGGGGUCCGUCUCGGCGGCAGCAACGGAAGUCUCGCGAGGGAACGUAGCCGGGAUUUGGCGGCUGGCUGCCUCCCUCUCGCUGGCUGUGAGGAGCUGGUGUUUGUGUGGAAGGGGGAGGAGAAGAAGAAGCGAGAGGAGCCCGAGCCCCACCAUCCGCUAAGGGGAGCGGACCGGAGCCCCCUCGCUGCCCGCGGAGCUCUCUCCCCCUCCUUGCCCCACCAUGGCCUCGGGAGACACCCUGUACAUCGCCACGGACGGCUCGGAGAUGCCGGCCGAGAUCGUGGAGCUGCACGAGAUCGAGGUGGAAACCAUCCCGGUGGAGACCAUCGAGACCACCGUGGUGGGCGGCGAGGAGGACGAGGAAGAGGAGGACGAGGACGAGUGCUGCGAGGAGUGCGGCCCGCACCACCCACCCCAUCACUACCACCACCACCAGCCCAUGAUCGCGCUGCAGCCGCUAGUCUCGGACGGGGACCCUAGCGGGGCGGGCGGCGGCGCGGCCGGUGGCGGCGGGGGACAGCUCCAUCUGCACCACCACCACCAGGAGGUGAUCCUGGUGCAGACCCGCGAGGAGGUGGUCGGGGGAGAUGACUCGGACGGACUGCGGGCCGACGACGGCUUCGAGGAUCAGAUCCUCAUCCCUGUGCCGGCCCCCGCCGGGGAGGACGAGUACAUUGAGCAGACCCUGGUCACCGUGGCCGCUGCCGGCAGCAAGAGCGGAGGCGGCGGGUCCUCCUCGACCGGCGGUGGAGGCCGAGUUAAGAAGGGCGGCAGCGGCAAGAAAAGCAGCAAGAAGAGUUACCUGAGCGGGGGAGGCGGCGGAGGGGCCGAGGGCGGCGGCGGCAGGAAAUGGGAGCAGAAGCAGGUGCAGAUUAAGACCCUGGAGGGGGAGUUCUCGGUCACCAUGUGGGCCUCGGAUGAUAAAAAAGAUAUUGACCAUGAAACAGUGGUGGAAGAGCAGAUCAUUGGAGAGAAUUCUCCUCCAGAUUACUCAGAGUACAUGACAGGGAAGAAACUUCCUCCUGGUGGAAUACCUGGCAUUGACCUCUCAGACCCCAAACAACUGGCUGAAUUUGCUAGAAUGAAACCAAGAAAAAUUAAAGAAGAUGAUGCUCCACGAACGAUAGCAUGUCCUCACAAAGGCUGCACAAAGAUGUUCAGGGACAACUCUGCCAUGAGGAAGCAUCUGCACACUCAUGGCCCUCGAGUACACGUAUGCGCAGAAUGUGGCAAGGCCUUUGUGGAGAGUUCAAAACUAAAGCGACAUCAGCUAGUUCAUACUGGAGAGAAGCCCUUUCAGUGUACAUUUGAAGGAUGUGGAAAGCGUUUUUCACUGGACUUCAAUUUACGCACACAUGUGCGAAUUCAUACUGGCGACAGGCCCUAUGUUUGCCCAUUUGACGGCUGCAAUAAGAAGUUUGCGCAAUCAACUAACCUGAAAUCUCACAUCUUAACACAUGCUAAGGCCAAAAACAACCAGUGAAAGUUGGAGGAGAAAGUUUUUGAACUCAAAGCAUCUUACUUACAGGAGUAUGAAUUGAAAAUAAAUAUGCCUCCCCUUUGUAUAUUGUUUCUAGGAAAGAAUUUUAAAAAAGAACCCUGCAGACCUAAAGGACGUGUUUUGAUAAGUAGUAAAUAAAAAGCAAAAAACCACACAAAAAAACUUUAAGGUAACAUUGCUAAGAUGCUCUACCUUGCUCUGUAAUCCUGUUUCAAAAGAACACGGUGUUUUGUAAAGUGUGGCCCCAACCGGAUGGGUUGGUUCAUGAACUUGCAUCAAAAAAAGACAGUUCUUUAUACAACAGUGCUAAAAUUGGACUUCUUUUCACAUUCUUAUAAAUAUGAAGCUCACCUGUUGCUUACAAUUUUUUAAUUUUGUAUUUUCCAAGUGUGCAUAUUGUACACUUUUUGGGGAUAUGCGUGGUAAUGCUAUGUGUGAUUUUCUGGAGGUUGAUAACAUUGCUUGCGGUAGAUUUUCUUUAAAAGAAUGGGCAGUUACAUGCAUACUUCAAAAGUAUUUUCCUGUAAAGAAAAAGUUAUAUAGGUUUUGUUUGCUAUCUUAAUUUUGGUUGUAUUCUUUGAUGUUAACACAUUUUGUAUAAUUGUAUCGUAUAGCUGUAAUGAAAUAAUGUAGUAUCAAAUAUUAGAUGUGAUUUAAUAGUGUUAAUCAAUUUAAACCCAUUUUAGUCACUUUUUUUUGAGAAAUACUGCCAGAUGCUGAUGUUCAGUGUAAUUUCUUUGCCUGUUCAGUUACAGAAAGUGGUGCUCAGUUGUAGAAUGUAUUGUACAGGCACUGACCUUUUAUUAACACCUGAAAUGUACAUCCCAUGUAAUGGAAAGGGCAACAAUAAAACAGUGGUCCUAAAGAAAGAAUAUGGCAGAAAAUGAUCUGCAAGCACAGUCUAUUUUCUUUUUUUUUGUCUAGAGCAGCCCUAGUUCCUCUUGAUCUCACAGAAAUUGGAAGCUAAAUAAACUCAGGUUUCCUUUAUUCUGCAUUCAAUUGCAAUGAUUUGUAAUUAAAUUACAUAUUGCCAUGUCAGGUGGUAUACCCAUAUGGAAUUGCUGACUGUAAUUCUAAUUUUUGAGUGACCUAGACUUCUGUUAACUGUAGCAGUGGAUUUGGAGGCUUGGCCAUGUAGCGAUGAGUUUUCAGUGUGCCUGGACAAUAGCUAGGUGAAACAGGACGGUAAAUAACUAAUGGGUACCUUUGUUUAGUCAAGGUAAGGGAUCUUACAGGUUUACAUUCAAUAGGAAUACAAAGUCAGGGAACAGUAGGGUUUUGAGUGGUCAUAUCAGAAAAAAAAAAUUGUCUUUUGGCCAACUUACUUGACUGAGUAUAAUGAUGAAAAUUCUUGGAAGCUCAUUGGACACUUUUUACUUCAAAACAGCAGCUUGGAGUUCUCAGAGAACUUGAUGGAGUUUUGAUGGUCUAACUGAAAGUGGUUACUACUCAUUUGAGUGUUCAAAGUAAGAAAUUUACAGAUACUAUAGUAAUAUGUGGCAGAUAAAUAUAAUAUGCACAGAGAUGCAUAAGUAUUAUUUUUUAGAUGCAUGUGGCGUAUUUUAACAUAGUAAAAACUGUUGUCAAUCUUUUGAAUUUUGUUCUUACAAGGUUAAUCAAAUUUUUCAUUGCAAUCUGAGUCCAGUUUGGUGGUAGUGGAAAAGCCAUAGGUAAUAAUGAAACAAUAGUUAAGACCAAGGGAAUUUUCAUCUGAACAUAUGUUAAUCUGAACAGGGCAGCUCUAGUCUGAGGUUAUUAGGAGUAAGGAAAGAUGGGUAUUUAAUUGAUUUAAUUAUAAAGUAUGCUUUGGAACUUUGGCAGUAAUUAUAUAUACAUAAGCAGUUCUUGGAGCAGGACAAUAUACUGAGACUUUUAUAGUUAAAUUCUCUAUACAGUUAAAUUAGUGUCCAUUCUUCUUGGAAGGAAAUAAAAUCAGGCCAGUCUAGUUCUAAAUGACCUUUUUUUUCUUAAACAGUAUAUAUGAUGGUGUUAGGCUUUCUCAGGUUUGCUUUCCUAUGUCAUAAUGGUAUCUGUUUUAUUGAAUUGCAAGGUAAAGAGGUUCCUUGAUGAUGUCAGUGCUUCAUCCUUGGACAUACAUUUGAGACUAAAUUAUUUGUUAAAUAUUUGUUGGAGGUUUAACUUGGAACCGAAACUUUUAUUGCCCUUAGUUAUAUUGCAUCUAAUUACGAAGAGAAAUCUAACAAUUUUCAUCUAGGCUUCAAAUGAAUAGCAUUCAAUACACUCCUGAGUAUAAGUAGUAACAUGAAAGAUUUUGCUUUGUAACUAGCUAAUUUCUUCUUGGGUGUGAAUAAAUUCUUGCAUUAA